CCACCAGUCUCACCAUUUCUCUCUGUCGUGUUUUCCCAUUGCUAUACCGCCUGCGCCCAGAAGUCGGCGGGCCCCGACCCCGAUCCAGGUAGAUGCCAGCGUGACAUUCCAGCAGCAGCUGAGUUUGCCGCUCGUUUGCGCCACACGAGCCAAUCAAGCACGGCCAGAGCACUGCGCAGACUAGGGACUCCUCGACUCUCGCUCGCUCGCUUCUGCCGGCCAUGUCGAACACCACAUCCAGUGCCGCAGCGACGACCUCGAUCGCGGACACGUCCAGCGCGCCCGUCACUUCGGAUCCCAUCACCACAACCAUGUCGACCACCGCGCCCGAAGCGCCGACGACUUCUGUCGAAACUUCAUCCAUUGUUCCUCCAACUACUUCCGAGCUUCCGUCCUCCACUGUCGAGCCUACCACUUCAUCGGAGCCGCCGCCGCCGACAACCAGUUCUGCGCCACCGGUAUCGACCUCGACCAUAUCCGAAUCCUCCGUACCUCCGACCACUCAAGUCGUAACUUCUGUAGUCACCGCGACUCCAACUGCGCCUGGCGAGACCGCCCCACCAGCGACAACGAUCGUCGUAACGCGCACCAAUUCUGCUUCCAGUGUUCCUGUUACGACUGAAAUCACCUCUUCCGCGACAUCCUCUGAUCCGGCGCUGAACACUGGCGGCUCUUCGUCCGGCAGCAGUGGCGGCGGAGGCGGCUUGAGCACUGGAGGAAUUACCGCCAUUGCUGUCGUUGUACCCGUGGUUGUAGUCGCUCUCCUGGUCUUGGCCGGCAUUUUCCUUUGGCGGAGACGGAAGGCGAAGAAGGCCGCAGAGGAAGCGCGUCGCAAGGAGGUUGAGGACUAUGGCUUUAAUCCGAACAAUGACCCCACGCUGCCCGCUGUUGCAUCCGAGAACGGCACGGAGAUGGCAGAGGACACCAGCGGUUACCGAGGAUGGGGAGCUGCGGUGGGCGCGUCCAGGAAAAUGUCGACCACAUUGACCAGCGGCCAUACGCAAGGUCAACUGUCGGAUGCUGGUAGCAACGGCAAUGCGUACAUGGCUGCAGGAGCCGCCGAUGGAAGUGACCGAAACAGCGGCGACGCUAUGCUGCACCAGCGACGCGAGACUAUGAACAGCGAUCAGGUCGGAGCGCUUGGACAAGCACCAGUGGCUGGAGCAAACCCGUCCGGCAUGAAGCGUGGGCCGUCAAACGCAUCCUCGACGUACUCUGCAGGUGGCCACUCCGAUGUCAGCGAUCCACCGCCUCAGAAUUACGAUGCAUAUAACCCAUCUGCCGGGUACGGCUACAGCCAGCACGGCCCGUAUGGCGACGGCACAUAUGGAGGUGCCAGCAAUCCUGACGGUAUGCCGAUCGUUCAAGACGUUAGUGCACGUCGGAACACACGGAUACAGCAACCAGGCAAUUACCAGCAAGGCAAUUCUGGCAUCGCGCAGAACUUUUAGCGCGCAUUUUGACGUUUCCAUGUCCAUCUUCCAAAAGCAGAGUUUGCGUUUGUUUUCUGAAACGAGUGGAAGACGAUGGCCCAGCUCCCAUGUUCGGCUUCUUGCAUGCAGAAGCAGCGGCAUGGGGAGACGGCGCUGUUCAUGACCGGCUCCCGACAGGGGAGCCACAGAUAAAUUUGACUGCCACUUUGUGCUUUGGCACACUGGCAUCAUGGCGAAGGCGUUCUUUGAGAAUUUCCCUUUUGAGUUAUCAGGGCGGAAAUGCUUGCCGACAGGCAAAGCAUGGGCGAGGAAGAGGGACUAUACCAUAUUUCAGACUUUCGUGUGUGCAGAGGAGGAGAGGGAGACAGAGAUUGAGACUUGACACCAGUCAUUACGAUGACUCUCGUCUUGAACAUUACUGUAGGCUAAUAACAGAGGCAACCACUAUACAUAUUCCAACAUUCAAUGAUUGCAGCA